GGAAGCUUUUGAUACCGAAGCGGGACCCACAUUUUUGAAGACAAGUUCCCUUCUCUCCACCGCAAGCCACACAUAGCUCUUAAUAUUUCUCCACCGUGUCCUCCUCUCUCCCUCUUCUUCUUCAUUCCCAAAUUUUACUUCCUCUUCUUGUCCAAUCUCUCUCUGACACCCCAAAAAUGGCGAGGCUUCUUCCCUUGAGACCAGACAACCAAUUCUUCCCCUCACCCAUCCACACACACAAACAGCCUUUCCUCUCCGUCUACACCAUCACCACUCGCUCCUUCCCCCACAUUAAAUCAAGGGUUAAGUGCUCAGCCAGUGGCACUGAACGUGUCAGAGAAAGCAAGAAGCUUCCCAACUCCCCUAUCAAAGAAGACCUUCCCCAGCUUCCAAAUCCUGGUUCUGAUUCCGAAGCUCUGACCACUGAAACGGGUUUAGAACAGAAUUGGCCUCCGUGGAAAAACAUACCUGAGAGAUAUAAGCUUAUCGGUGCUACUUCCAUCGCCUUUGUUAUCUGCAAUAUGGAUAAGGUGAAUUUGAGUAUUGCUAUAAUACCAAUGUCACACCAGUUUGGAUGGAGUUCAUCUGUGGCUGGCUUGGUACAGUCAUCUUUCUUUUGGGGUUAUGCUUUGAGCCAGUUGCCUGGAGGUUGGCUUUCCAAGAUUUUUGGCGGCAGAAAGGUGUUGGAGAUUGGUGUAUUUACAUGGUCAUUCGCUACAGCACUUGUUCCACUACUUGCUGGAUUUAUGCCCGGGUUAAUCUUUUCUCGAAUUUUGGUGGGAAUAGGAGAAGGUGUUUCCCCGUCGGCUGCAACGGACCUUAUUGCCAGGACGAUACCUGUUGGUGAGCGCUCAAGGGCAGUAGGCUUUGUUUUUGGAGGAUUGAGUUUGGGAAGUGUUCUGGGGCUUCUAUUGGCUCCUCCCAUUAUCCAAAGCUUUAAUUGGGAAUCUGUCUUUUACCUGUUUGGUCUCCUUGGUGUUGGCUGGUUCAUUGGGUUUCAGUUUCUUAAAGAAGAAGAAGUUUCACAUAGAGGUGAUGGGACCACUACUUCGCAUAAACCAAAGAAAGCUACACGAGAAGAAUUGGGGGACUCAUUGAAGGAGAUUCCAUGGAAGUCAUUUUUCCAAAGCCCAGCUGUUUGGGCAAUGAUAUACACUCACUUUUGUGGAAGCUGGGGUCACUAUACAUGUCUAUCUUGGCUACCGACUUAUUUCAGUGAGGCGCUGAGUCUAAAUUUGAGAGACGCUGCUUGGGUUUCCAUCCUUCCUCCUUUGGCUUCGAUUUUCGUGACAAGCCUUGCUUCACAAUUUGCUGACUACCUGAUCUCAAAUGGAGUUGAGACUACCACGGUCCGAAAGAUUUGUCAAACGAUUGCGUUCUUGGCACCAGCGAUCUGCAUGACACUUUCAUCAGUAGACAUUGGAUUGCCACCAUGGGAAAUUGCAGGAAUCUUGACAGCAGGCUUGGCCUUAUCUAGUUUUGCAUUAUCAGGACUUUAUUGUACUCAUCAGGACAUAUCACCCGAAUAUGCAAGCAUAUUACUGGGCAUUACCAACACAGUGGGGGCAGUACCUGGAAUCGUAGGUGUGGCCCUAACUGGUUUUCUCCUCGACUCAACUCAUUCAUGGACUCUUUCUCUGUUUGUGCCAUCAAUUUUCUUCUACUUGACGGGGACGGUUGUAUGGUUGGCAUUUGCAAGCAGUAAGCCUCAGAAGUUCACUAAGGAGCCGUGAUUCAUAAGUUUUGUUGAUGUAUAGGUCAAAGAAAUGGUAAAACUUUGGUGAUGUAUAGGUUAAAGAAAUGGUAAACUUUGUCCGUUGUCAAAAAGUAAACAAAAACAAAAAGAGGAAGAGUCAGAGAGCAGUGGUAAAUUUUGUUCACUGCCCUAUCCUGGUUAUUUCAUAGUUGCAGUUUGCAAAUGUAACAUUUUAUUAUAAUGAAGUUGCUUAUGGU